GACGAAUCUCUAGCAGAGCACUGAUGCAGCACUGACUGAGCAGAGAAAGGCAAGCCUAUAGCCUAAUAGGGACGCAGGAAGAAAGUCUGCGCCGCAGUUACAAAAUGGCGGCAGGGGUAUGUGCUCGACUGCACCCACCUGCUUGCACCUCUGUAUUACAGAGCUCAAGCUUUUUGCAGGGCGGAAGCGUGUCCUUUGCGCCCCUCUUUCCCACCUUCUCUGCACCUCAUUCCAGCAAACUUUCCCCUCUGCCGAACCGGUCUCCAUUGGUUGUAGCACUGGCGAAACGAAAGAAGGGUGAACGGGCUCCCCCCACUGGAGGGGGGGGCGGUGGUGGGGGUGGAAAUGGAGGGGGCACCAGGUCUGCUGGCAGCAAGCAGGUGUCCCAGGGUUCGGCAUACCAGAACGAGACACGGAAGAUCAUUCUUUCUGUUCGCAACCUCAGAAAGGUUACCCCCCAGGGAAAGGAGCUACUGAAAAACAUCAACCUAGGAAUGUACCUGGGGGCUAAAAUUGGUUUCCUUGGCCCCAAUGGUGCGGGCAAGUCGACGCUGAUGAAGAUCCUAGCUGGAGUUGACAAGGAGUUUGAUGGAGACCUGUACGUUGACCCAGGCAUCAAGAUUGGGUACUUGGCUCAGGAGCCACAAUUGACUGCCGGGGAAACUGUGAUGGAAAACAUUGAGCCCGCACUAGCGGACACACGCGCGUUGCUGAAAGACUUCGAACAAGUCAGCUCCGACAUGGCGGCUGCGGGGGCCGACAUCGAGAAGCUGAUGACCAAGAUGGAGCGCCUGCAGACGGCAAUCGAUGCAACCAACGGGUGGGAACUAGAGCGGAAACUAACGCGCGCGUUGGAGUCGCUACGGUGCCCCCCGGGGGAUGCGAAGGUUGACGUGUUGAGCGGGGGGGAGCGGAGACGGGUUGCUCUGUGCCGGCUGCUGCUGGAAGAGAACGACAUCCUCUUCCUCGACGAGCCCACAAACCACUUGGAUGCGGAGGCGGUCGCUUGGUUGGAACAAUACUUGGCUCAGUUUAAGGGCACCGUGGUCGCGGUUACGCACGACCGCUAUUUCCUGGACAACGUCGCGGGCUGGAUCCUGGAACUAGAUCGGGGGCAGGGCAUUCCUUUCGAGGGCAACUACUCAGGGUAUCUAGAGGCGAAGGCGCGGCGGCUGGAGCAGGAAGACAAGCAGCAGAGCGCGCUAGCCAAGAAUGUGGAACUGGAGCUGGAAUGGAUACGGAAGAAGGCCAAGGGCCAGCAGAAGAAGGGCAAGGCCCGCAUGCGGCAGUACGAAGAGCUCGUCCAGCAGGCGAGCCAGUUUCAACGAGCAGAACGUCUGGAUUCCAUUCACAUUCCUCCGGGUCCCCGGUUGGGCGAUCUGGUGGUGGAGGCCAAUAAGCUGGCGAAGGCGUAUGGCGACCGCGUGCUUAUAAACGACCUCGACUUCUCGCUGCCCCCGGGGGGCAUCGUGGGCGUCGUGGGCGCGAAUGGCGCGGGAAAGACGACGUUGUUUAAGAUGAUUACCGGAAGGGAAACCCCAACGGACGGAACGUUGCGUGUUGGCGAGACGGUGCACACCAUGUACGUGGACCAGUCACGCGACAGCCUGGACGCCACCAAGAGUGUCUACGAGGAGAUAACCGGGGGGAACGAGGAGAUAGCGCUUGGGGAACGGAAAGUGAACGGGCGCGCAUACUGCAGCUGGUUCAAUUUUAAGUCGUCGGACCAGCAGAAGAAAGUGGGCGAUCUCUCGGGGGGGGAGCGCAACAGGCUGCACAUGGCGAAGAUGUUCCGCGACGGCGGCAACCUGAUGCUGCUCGACGAGCCCACGAACGACCUGGAUGUCGACACUCUGCGCGCGCUCGAGGACGCAAUCAACGACUUCGCGGGGUGCGCCGUGAUCAUUUCCCACGACCGAUGGUUCCUCGACCGGCUCGCCACGCACAUCCUAGCGUUCGAGGGGGACUCUCAAGUCGUGUGGUUUGAAGGCUCUUAUAGCGAGUACGAAGAGGAUAGGAAACGCCGAAGUGGCAACAAGGAGCCUACUACAGUGAAGUUCCGUGCUUUAGCUUAGAGCCGGUCGACGAGGGUAAGUACGCAAAAGACUUACUUAUUUGUACCUUGAAGGGAAUCUUAGUUGGGCCCUUCCGAGCCGGAGCGCGCAGAGGGUUAAACUUUUGGUAUCUGUCAUCUUUAAGCGUUGCCGGUGUUUUCUGGCACUCAAUCCGACGAUACACAUGUCUUCAGUCGGCGAAGUAACCCAAGGUCGAGCCGGCGAUCAUGGCGUUCAUGGCCGCUGCAGAUUAGCGAGUGCUUAGAACACCCACAAUAACCUUAAUAGAAGGGGAC